GCCCAUGAUGAAAGUCCCUAAUCGGAGACCUCCUAUAUAGGAAUAGCCAGGGCAAUUUAUUCUCGAAUACGACUUCGAACUUCCUUUUGCGACUUCUGGCUUCUUUCUCUUUUCCAAAUCAAUCCACCAUGAAUCCCUCCACCAAUCGAUACACGGCAGCCUCCGCACGUAAAUCCCACCGAAAAUCGCGUCUCGGAUGCGGGAACUGUAAACGGCGCAGAGUAAAGUGCAAUGAAGCCAAGCCGGCGUGCACGAACUGUUUGCGCCAUUCGAUUGAUUGUGAUUAUCAAUCAGGCCAAUCGGUCUCUCGUAAUGCAUCACCUUCAAUGCAGGACGCAAGACUGGAACUGCGGCCACUACCUCGCAGGGUUUUUACCUUUUACUCCUCGUCUCAGUCAGAUUUUCAAAUGCCGAAAAGAGGCAGUGCCGCUCACAAGAGAGAGCAACAAGAGCGCCUGCCGUCCGUUACGCCAUCUGGUGACAUAUCUUCUAACGCACCCUCUAAUGCGCCCUCUAAUGUGCCUUCUAACAUGUCCCCUGACACCCCGUCUGACACGCCCUCAGAGCUAACAAGCACGGCGUUCAAGUUUACUGGGGCCGAUAUGGAGUUAUUCCACCAUUUCCUUACCUCAGAAGAACUAGGCGCGUCCAAGAGCCCCGAGGCAUUGCACUCUCGACUUCCUCGUUUGGGAUUCUCGUUCCAUUACAUCUUGCACCUCAUCCUGGCGUUUUCGGGGUUUCAUCUAGCACGUAUACAAAAGCAUGGAUCGAAAUAUUACUUCGAAGCUGAAAGGAAUUACGCGACUGCCCUUCGAAUGGUGUCAGCUGCGGUGCCCCUUCUUGACAAUCACAACUGCCAAGCACUUUACAUGGCUGCCGUACUCAUCUUGAUCUGCUCGUUCGCGAAAGGGCACCCGCCAGACGAGUUUCUGGUUUUUCGUGAUGAUGGAAGAGCUGGUUCGCUUUUUCUUCUUAUGGGUGUCCGGUCGAUAUUGGAGAACUGCUCACGUGAGGUGCUGGAAAUACACUCAGAGCAUACAGAGCGUAACUCGCAACCUAGCUACCUGUGCCAUCGAGUCUCUGGGUAUAGCAAUCAGAUAGAACAACUGCGCACCUUGAUCGCGGGCAAAGUACGAGCCGACGACAAUCGUUAUCCGGCUUACAUAAAUGUUCUUGACAGACUUCAUCACUGCUUCGAUUCCAUUUAUGGGCGCCAGUCGUUAACAGAUGGGGACCUUUGGCCGCAAAUAUUUGGCUGGUUGUACACACUGCCCGAUGAUUUCGUUGUUGAUCUGCAGCAUCGAAAUUCAGUUGCACUGGUGAUCUUUGCCUUUUAUAUUGUUUUGCUGAAAAGAAUCAGCUCCGUGUGGUUUAUACAGGGGUGGCCUGAACAUAUCAUGGGUGGCAUCCGGAAAUUUGUUCAUGAGGAACAUCGACUGUUUAUACAAUGGCCGAUGGAGCAGAUGAAAUGAAAACGCUCUUUUUUCACCUUAUUGUCUACCUCAAUAUACAAUAGACGUUGAUUCCGCCAUUUCUAGGACAGUAUUCUUUAGUCAACGCAACGGAAGUUUUCGGCAGAC